UAAGUAGAGAUAAGAAGCAUACAGUAUCGUCAAGAUAAGAGAAGUGCACAUAGGCCCAAGAACCUGAGGGGUAGAGGUUUGUGGUGCGUAUAUAAGUUGUAAAAUGAGCCUACGUGAAGUGGUUCGAAGAUCAAGACGGACUUUAUUUCAAGGAAAGGAACAAGCUACAGCCAGGUUGUCGUCAGCAUUUUCGAUGGGCAGUAUUCACGGGAUACAACAAAACUCAGGUAGACCUGUACAACGGAAUGAUAAAGGAUGGACUGUACUGCACCUUGCUGCUAUGUACAGCAAACCUCAAACUGUCAGAUUAUUGUUACAGCAGGGUUGUAAAUCAAGCGACAAGGAUAUUGACGGCAAUACACCCCUCCAUCUAGCGGCAGAAUUUGGAAACAGAGAAGCUGUUAGAAUUCUACUUCAUAACGGGGGAAAGGUUAAUGAGCGAAAUAACGAGGGAUUUACACCUCUACAUCUAGCCUCCAAAGCAGGAAAGGAGGAUGUUGUUCAUCUGAUUUUACAGCAAAAUGACAUAAAUGUUGAUGAAAAAUCAUCGGCUGGAAACCGAACUGCUCUUCACCUAGCAGCUGCUUAUGGAAGAACAGAAGUAGUAAGAGCUUUAAUACAGGCCGGAGCAUCCACGAGGUGUAAAGCUAGCCUGGGUUGGACGUGUUUGCAUUUCAGUGCUAGGGAAGGAAGACUUGAAACCGCUAAAGUACUUCUUAGAAGCGGAGCAAGGUUAGAUAUGGUGACAACAGGUCAGUGGACUCCAUUGAUGUUUGCUGCAGCUCAUAAUCAGAUUCAAGUUGCUAAGCUCUUUAUUCAGCAUGGAGCAGAUGUUGCAAAAGUAAAUCGGGAUGGAUUAUCUGCAGAAUCUAUAGCUGCUGGUAAAGGUUACAGUAGAAUGGUUUCUGUUCUACGCGGGGAAGAUAAUCAUAGUAGCAGUGAUCCUUCGGCAGAUGAUUCUCUUGCAAUUCAUCCUUUGAGUUCAAGUCGUUUAGAUAUUUGUCAGGCGGAAGAGCCGACAGCUGAAUUAUCAAACGAUGCAGAAAAUAUUGAAAUGAAUGAAGAUGAAAAACAAGCUUUUCAAUAUUUAAAUCUCCAGCUCUCUAACCUUAUCCAGGACUUGACAAAACACAAGGAAGACAGUAGUUUGAUGCUGAGUGAGAAAGAGGAGAAGAUUAUUUCUAUUUCAAACAAAUUGAUGGAAUCAAAACUACUGGAGGAACGACUCAGUCAGGAUCUGGAGAAAGUAAGGAAAGAUGUUCAGGACUUGACUGUGAAGGAAGCUGUCGCUAAAAAUGCAUUUGAAAAGUCAGCUAAAGCUGGAAAAGAUCAGGUGACCCAACUAGAACGGCAUAUAGUGAAUGUGAAACGUGAAAUUAUUGGUCUCUGUGAGAUAAGUAAACAACGAAUAGCUUCAGAAUACAGGGAGAACCAAGAUGGACCUGAAAGGUCUGUAAACAUUUCUCGGUCCAGUCACUCUAUAAAUAUUGAAUCAGAGAUAGAAUGUCCAAUUUGUUUUGAGCUCUCUAGACCUCCAAUCUUUCAGUGUCCAGAGGGUCAUAUAAUCUGUAGUGAGUGCAGACCCCGUGUAUCCAGAUGCCCAGUCUGCAGAUUCGAAUUCAAAGGUUUACCCAAUAUUAGGAAUAGAUAUGUGGAAAGACUAGCUCUGUCUUAUUUUGAAGAAGAAGAACAAUAAAAGUUAAAAAACUGUAGAGAUACCCACAAAAGAUGAAACUUCAGUGACGACUGUACAUCAUUUAUUCAAUCCUAUUUAAUAGAUACAUCUUGUCUUCAUAUUUUCUUUUUAUAAUAUAUACAUUAAAGAACAUCAUUCUAUAGACA